CCGAGAGCGCGUGCGCGUCGCCUCUCUGUUCCGUCGGCCGCCGCAGUCAUGGCGGCCCCGGUCACUUCGCUCGAUGAAGACUGGGAAGAUUUUAACGAGUUUAAAGCAGCCGACCCACCGCACGGCUGGACCGCGGUGCCGGAGGAUUCGACGGAGAUCCAAACGUUCGCAUCCUUCGAGGAGACGCUGAGCGCGAGCUUUCCGCCCUCUACCAGCAGCGCGUCCACGAACGUCUGUGUGCGCGCUGUGAGUGAGCGCGAGCUGCUGAUCGACGACGAGAUCUGGAAUGCCUUGACAAAGAACUACGGCAACGUAAUGCCAGUUGACUGGAAAACAUCUCACACUCGCUCACUUCAUCUCCCCACACUGAACCUUCGACCACAACAGCAGGUAGAGGUCAGUAAUCUGGAACUGUCUGAUGAUGAAGAGCUCAGAGAUCAGAUGGACAUGCACAACAUCAUCAUCUCCUGUGUGAAUGAGGAGCCGCUGUUCACAGCAGAACAGGUUAUCGAAGAAAUUGAGGAGAUAAUGCAACAGUCUCCAGACGCUGAGGAACACACGAACCCGUCUCAGUUUGACCUCUCAGCGAUGACCCGUGAGUUACACAAACUCACACAUUCCACAUCCAGCAGUAUCUAUGAGGAUCGAUUACGUGGUCUUUGUGUGUCGGAGCUGCAGGAGCGUCUGGAGGAGGUGGAGAGGCAGAUUCGAGGUUUCUCCGAAGAGCUGAUCGAUCAGCUGGCCGUGCGGGAGGAGCUGGACUUUGAGAAGGAGGUGAAGAACACGUUCAUCUCGGCUCUCAUCAACGUGCAGAAUCGCCAGAAAGAACACAGAGAGCUGCUGAAGAAGAAGAGGAAGAUCAAGAGCACAUCGGGUGUACAAAGAUCCGACCGCUCGUACGUGCCGGGAACCUAUUUGACGACAGUGAUCCCGUACGACAGGAGUAACGGAGCCCGGUCUGUAGAAGAUCUUCAGAUUUUGACCAAGAUUCUUCACGCCAUGCGCGAAGACAGUGAGACGGUUCCCGCUCUUCUGACCGACUACAUCCUCAAAGUGCUGUGUCCUACAUAGGCUUUGGGGAGCUGAACAUUGGCUCGUCUCAUCGGUACAGAAAACAUCUGCAACACUAAAGAUGAUCCUCUUCUUUAAUAAUGCUCAGAAUUCACCCCGUCAGUGGUGUUUCUUUCUUUAUCUUUAUGUAUGUUCUCCUGUGCAGUAUUUCAUUUAUUUCCUAAUGCAGUUCAGAUUUCAGUAAUAGUUUGCAACUGUCACUACUUCUCUGAUCUUUCCUCACGUGUUUUAUUCGGACUGGUUUGCUUUCUGGUAUAGAUCUUGCAGGGAUGUAUAGGAGAGUCAAGGAUGUCUUUUGCGGCUGAUGAUAAUUUUCUCCACUAAAGACUAAAAAGGGAUUAGAUUAGAAGUUUACGUAGCUGUAAAAUUACUUUAAAAACUAGUUAAUUUUGUUUAAUUCAUCUACAGCAACAUUUAUUUAUAAGCAAACAUUCAAUCUUUGAGGUUUGAUUUGCAGUAAUUUAGAUAUGUCAAAUUUUGUGUUUGUUCUGUUUGGAGCUGUUUAUUCAGUAUUAAUACUACAGUGAAAGAUUUGGGCCGGUGAAUUUCAGUUUAAGGGUCAGGCGAACAUUUGCGAGUUGGGUUUAGGAAUGUAAUGUGAACGUACGUUGACAUAGAGACGUAUCUGAAAGGUCUUUGGAUUGUUGAAAGAGCUCUGGAGUGACAUUUAAUGAUUGUCUUUGAUAGUUUUUCUACCCGGCUGAGCUAUAGACCAGAGGUGAUAUUUUUGUACAUGUAAUAGUAAAUGAAGAAUGUUGAUUAUUUUGAUGGAGAGAUUGAGAUCACCUUGUCCGAGUCCAUGAAUUUACACUCAGGUUGAAUUUGUGUCGGAGUGAAUUAAGCAUGUCAUGUUAAAGCCAUUCAAACAAAAACGACAAUUCUUACAUUACAGUAUGAAGUCUUUCAUUUAAUAAUACACUUUAAGUGAUGUUCGUUCUCAAAAAAACUUUAUAUCUGCCCUAAAUCUUAAUGUAUUUCUUAGAGAAAUAAUCUUGAUCUUGAAAUAAUGAUCUUUUUAAUGAUUGUUGAUCCAGUUCAAUGUGAAAUGUGAGACACAUUUAUGGAACUUUAGUACUUGACGGACUGGACAAGAGGGAAGAACGUUUAACAUUUGUCCUUUAACAUUUCACUUGUGUCAAAGAAAAACAUACAGGUACAUAUACAAUGACAGAAUUAUCUUCCUUGUACAGACACAAAAACAUCUAAAGUGUCUCAGUCUUGGUCAUCUGUGAGAUCUGUGGGCCAAACCUAUGAACGGCAUUAAAUUAGUUUCAUGCUGUUUUGCAAAUUAAUGCACAUGAAUCGUGUCUCUGUUAUUGUUUUCAUGUUUUUCAAGCAUUCAGAAUAAUAGUCGCUGCAUGCACUUUGAAUUGAUCUCUAAAAGGGAACGUGCAGAUUUGUGUAGAACAUGAUUGUUUCACACAAAAACUGUUGAUGGUUGACAACAUUAUUGAGUUUGUAUGUGUCGUCACGUGUGUGGGGUGUGACUCUGAGGAACAGUUGUGUGCAGUGAAUCAGGGUACACGUUCUACAAUAAAUAAUGAGAUUAUAUAUUUAUACAAGCAAUAAUUCAAAUGCUGCCUUUGUAAAUUCAUGACAUUUUAUACAUUAAAAUUGAUCUUAUUUUUAAUGCAACAUUUUUGUCCUGAAGGUCCUUUUCCAAUUAAUAUUUUGUAAGAAGUUCAUUGUAUGUAGAAGCAGGAUGGUUUUCAAAUAAAAGCGUCUGUUCAUCAAA